AUGCUCUCAUCGAUCAUCACCUUCCGCAUCAUCGGCCUAGCCACUCUUGUGCGGGCUCAUAUGCAACUAUAUAACCCACCACCCUUCGGGGCUGCCAACAACCCGCACGUAACCACUCCACCGGACCCCUACCUCGACUAUCCCUAUAACUGCUGCGGCCGCAGCACUCCCUUCCCCUGCAAGGGCUAUCUCGAUCACUUGGACACCCCACAAGGCCAGCCCGUUGCAUCCUGGCCAGCGGGAUCCGUGCAAAACUUCAGUCUCACAGGCUCAGGGAACCACUACGGCGGCUCAUGCCAGGUAGGAUUCAGCACCGACAAGGGCGCGACGUGGAAAGUAGUGAAGAGUUUGGAAGGCAAUUGCCCGCACCGGCAUGGCGGGACGGACCCGACGAAGCAGACGUUUGACUUUAGAGUUCCCGGGGAUACGCCUGUUGGCGUGCAGGUGUUCGCGUGGACAUGGAUUAACCGGGAGCGGGAAUUUAAUAUGCUUUGUUCAGCUGUGGAGAUUACCGGGGCGGCGGGGGAACAGCCGGCUGUUGCGACGGUGCGUUCAGACUGGGGGAAUAGUAACGAGCACAGCCGUCGGGAUGCAGGCGAAUGUGUAUGCACAUGUGGCGGCGGUUGUGCAUCUGGCAAUUCUACCGCCAACAGCAGCGCCAACAAUAGUAGCACAGCAACCGGACCGGAAACAGUGUCUUUUAACGAACGCCCGAGCUUCCUGUUCGCGAAUCUAGAUAACGGGUGCCAGACGCCCGAGACGGAUUUCGAGCUCAAGUAUCCGAAUCCCGGACCCGAUGUGGCGGAAGGUGACGGUGAGUAUGAGCUGAAGUUGCCAGAGCCGGUGGAUAAGUGUUAA